AUGAUCAUGGAGAAAGAGGUAUCCUCAUUCCAAGCAGAGUCAACAAGCCCUCCUCAGAAGCAGGAUCAGCGAAGUGUUUCCCCUGAAUAUGAUCCUAAGGCCGGUGAAAACAGACUACGCCCGGCUGGAGACAUUAUCAACCGCAUUACUUGGGAUUCGGCGUUUGAACGCAGCAACUAUGUCAUUGGAUUUGUGGACCGAUUUGAAGGACAACUGGAAAUCACCAUGGGCAGUUGGAAGAAGGAGACCACCGAUGAGGAAUUCAUUCCACAGCAUCGGGUGUUAUAUAUCAGACACACCGAUGGGGAGAUUGUUUGGGAUCGAAGGAGACGUAUUGACAAAAUCUUUUUGAGUGGAAACUCGGCGUUUAAGGAAUUGGCCUUUCUUGCCUAA